AUGAGAGAUGCGCAUCACGGCCAAGUUAGUAGCAGCAACGCGAGCUCAGGUUUUGAUACUUCAGCCUUUCGUUUCAAUGAAGAACCAUUUGAGCAAUAUUACGAAAUUGCGGAAGAACUUGGGAACGGACAAUUUGCUGUUGUUCGACGAGUAAUUCAUCGAUCAUCAUGUGAGCAGUUCGCAGCAAAAUUUAUUAAAAAACGACGUUACGCGACUUCUCGUCGUGGCGUCACACGCUGUAAUAUCGAACGAGAAAUUGACGUAUUGCGAGCUGUCGGUGGAUAUGAAUAUACGAUCAAACUGUUCGAAGUGUAUGAAACUGCUUCGGAUGUUAUCCUGGUCCUGGAACUAGUUUCGGGUGGCGAGUUGUUCGACUAUGUCUCAGCCAAAGAGUGCCUUGGUGAAGCUGAGGCGGCAGCUUUCAUUCAACAAAUUUUGUUCGCUAUUAAACAUCUGCACGACAACCACAUCGUUCAUCUGGAUAUCAAGCCGGAGAAUGUAAUGCUCAGGAAAAGAGGCGAGUCAAGGAUUAAACUUAUUGAUUUCGGUCUGUCAAGAAGAAUUUUGCCGGGAACCGUUGUUAAGGAUAUGAUAGGUACACCUGAAUUUGUGGCUCCCGAAGUAGUCAAUUAUGAGCCUUUAUCUUCCGCUACCGAUAUGUGGGCGUUAGGCGUUGUCACGUACAUAUUGUUAAGUGGUGGUUCGCCCUUUCUCGGUGAAACACGCGAUGAAACAUUUGUAAAUAUAUCCGCCGUAAAUUAUCACUUCAGCGAACGUUAUUUUGAACAUAUUUCACCGUACGCAAAAGAUUUUAUUAGUCACCUUUUUGUUCGGGAUCAGCGUAAGCGAGCUACGGUUGACGAGUGCCUGAGGCAUCCGUGGAUUCGAGGACCUGAUGGACUGGCUAAUGAUGUUCGCCAACACUCGAUGAUUUCUAUGGCGCAGAUACGCUCUUUCAAAAUACGCUUAAGAUGGAGGAGAGCUGUGGAUAUUGUAAUAGCUUGUAAUAAAAUGACCGCAGACGCACGAUCCGCUAUGAAAAAAGCUUUGGAAGCUGGCCAUUCGGUCAGUUCACGAUUUGACCCCGAAGAACUAAUUGUCUCAGCAAUGCUGAUUGCAUGCGAAGAAGGUAAUUUGGCAGGACUUGAUCAGUUGGCUGUACUGCAUCGGAUCAAUUUGAAUAUUGCCAAUCGAAUGGGUGAAACAGCGAUGCAUGUGGCUGCAGGUGCAGGACAGUUUGAUAUCGUGCAUUAUUUGCAUAUGAAGGGUGCUGCACUGGAUGCGUCUGAUCGACGGGGUGACACACCGCUAUUUUGGGCUGCACGGAACGGCCAUACGAAUAUCCUAAGCUAUAUCACCAGAGAGGAAAAUGUGAACAUUAAUACUGUUAAUAAGAAUAGAGAAAGUGCUCUUCAUGUGGCCACUCGUUAUGCACAGGUUGAAUCGGCACUGCUGUUAGUAAAAGAUGGAGCUGACUCAUCGCUGCAGGACGAGCACAACGAGACAGCACUGCACAUUGCAAGUUGGCAUGGUUAUACAGCACUUCUCGGAGUAUUGUGCAGGUUCAAUCCACCUCUUCAUCUCAAAAAUCAGGCUAAAUGUGACGAGCAAAGCUGCAACACUGAUCAUUCGCUCUGCCUUCAUGGUUUCGUUUCAUCUGUUUUGGCAUGGAUACGAGAACCCAUGCUUUUCAUGAUCCAACCCAACCGCUUUGCUUUUGUUGUGCAGUUGCGCUUGGUAUACAAUUUAUCAAUCAGGCGAUAUCUCGGGUAUUGUUGCUCGGGGUCAAUGCCGAUCGGUGCUAUACUGCCACCUCCGUGUUCGCGUCUAACACCUGUUACAACGAGAUUUAUUUCACUCAUCACUGAUAUGGACCAAGACUGGGAUCGACAUUGUGGUUCUAAAACGACCGAGCCUAUUUUGUUGCGUCACACUUCUUUGUUUCAUUAUUCUAGGCCUGAGCAAGCUAGUCAUAUAUUUCGUCUGCCUGUUGUUAGUGAUAGUGACAGUGUAUGGGAACAGAAAUGGGAAGCUGUAUACGAAAAAAAGAAAAUGCCAGAGCCAAGACGGGUGGAUGGUGAGACGGCUUUGCAUUGUGCAGCAGCUCGUGGUCAUAUGGACUGUGUCCAGUCAUUGUUGGAUGCUGGAGCACCAGUAGAUUCAAUUGACCAGGUUAGUGUUAAUUUCUGA